GAAACUCUGGUGGCUGUGGAGUUGCACUGAAAGAACAGAAGCUAUUCUGGGAUGUUUCUCAGAGAGUCAGGGCAACAUCUGGCCUCCUUGAUACACCAGAGGAGAAGGUGGUGUGUUGCUCUUUGAUAGCCAAACGUUGCUGACUCACGGCUGGAACCUGGUAGGCCUCUGUGGAAAUCCCCCCACCCCAUGGGGUCAGUCUGCACACCUCAAAGCUUCUAGCUUAAAUAGUCUGGAGGAAGGAAGGAAAGUGACGGGGUGAACUCAUAGCCAAGUGACAUACAGUCCUGGAGAGGGACUCAUCUUCACGGCUGCCUAGAGAAAAACACUGUACUUUUCAGAACUCCCACCUGCUUCCCUGUGGACAUUUGUUGAGAGACAACCAGAGCGAAAUAACUCUUCACCAGCAGUGUUUUGCAGGCAGAAGAAGAGACUAUGGCAAGUCGACUCCGCAGCCCCCUGAAGGAACCAGAGAUCGAGCUCUUUGUCAAGGCUGGCUUAGAUGGCGAGAACAUUGGGAACUGCCCCUUCUGCCAAAGCCUCUUCAUGGUCUUGUGGCUCAAAGGCGUCCGGUUCAACGUGACAACAGUUGAUAUGACCAGGAAACCUGAAGAGCUAAAGGACCUGGCCCCUGGGACCAAGCCUCCGUUCAUGGUGUUCAACAAGGAGCUGAAAACAGACUUCCUGAAGAUUGAAGACUUUCUGGAGCAGACUCUUCCACCACCCAAAUACCCACGGCUCACCCCACAAAACCAGGAUUCUAUGGCUGUUGGCAGGAACAUUUUUGCCAAGUUCUCUGCAUACAUCAAGAACCCCCACAAGGAAGCAAACAAAAAUAUGGAAAAGGCUUUGCUGAGAGAAUUCAAGCGCCUGGAUGAUUAUUUAAGCACCCCACUCCCAGAGGAAAUUGACCAAGAUUGUGCAGAAGAUGUGCUGGUCUCCAAGAGAAAGUUCCUAGAUGGGAAUUGGAUGACAUUAGCUGAUUGCAACCUGCUCCCCAAACUUCACAUAAUCAAGAUCGCUGCAAAAAAGUACCGCAACUUUGAGAUCCCCUUGGAGAUGACAGCAGUUUGGCGCUAUCUCCACAACGCCUACGCCCGCGAUGAGUUCAGUCACACCUGCCCAGCUGAUGAGGAGAUUGAACGCACCUAUGCCACUGUGGCCAAGAAGAUGAGCUAAGAGCCUGACAUUUCCAACUCUUCUUCUCGAGAGGCUCUCGUCAGCAAGUUCUUUUCACCAUGCCGGCUUCAAGAGACACCCCUCACAUUUGCUCUGGACACUCCACCACACUAGACCUCAAGGAGUUCUUCAAAACUUUUUUAGGGGAAAAGAAGUCUCUUCAUUCUGUCUGUUCUGUCACAUCUCAGUGCAUUCUUCCCAUGAUGAGUUGCCCAGAAGCGCUAUACAUUCCACUUUGUGGUGGCAGAAGUACUGUAGCUAACAACUCAUGACCUUUGGACAUAGUUGGUAUGUGGCAGUGGGGGGCUGGUGGCCAUUGAGAUUAGUAUGGCGGGUAGCUGGGAGGCCAACAGUAGGUGGAGCCAGAGCUGAUGGGUGGGCCUGGGAAACAUACACCUGUAAAAUGCCUGCUUGGGGCAGGUGAAGGCAAUCAUCACUAAAUGCUGCCAUUUUCUAACCACAACACUCCAGGUUCCCCUUUGGCUGCAUCCCAGCUGACAAGAUUGUGCCCUAACUGUGCUGGUUGCCCACCACAGUUAAUAGCUAACAAUACUGUAUGAGGGUAGUAGCAAUGUUUGCAAUGUAAUCAAAUAUACAGGUAUGUACCAUGCACUGGGG